AUGUUGUUCAAGUCCGUUCUUUCCUGGCUGGCAGCUAGCUUUAUGCUGAAUGUAUACGCCGCCGUCGUCAAAGACCCUCAUUCUUCACCAAGCCAAAUCGCCGACUACAUGGACCUGGCCGCCCUCACCAAAAUACCCACCGACAUCCACCCUCUAUAUAAUACAACCGUGGUUACUGCCCUAAACAGCACCCUGACAAAACGCUACAACUUCCACGACGCCCCUUUCAUAUGCCACAGCACGGACUUUGGCUACGCCGAGGUCAAACACGUCGUCAAGGGCAUCGAACACCUCACCACCAACAUCCAAGGCCAACCAUCCAAUUUACCCCUGAGUUGUGGACGGGUUAGUUGUUCGAAUAACGCCGCUAUUUGGUGGUGUAACCUCAGUAAUCAACCAUUGACGCUAGACUCGUUCGUCGACAUUGCCUCCGGAGCGUCGUAUAUUCAAUGGAAAUGCUCGAUAUGGGAUGAUGGACGUAGUAAGGAGAUGGUUGCUGGGGAGGCGAAUUCGGGGUCGGAUUGGAGUGUGGUUGUGAGGAAGAAUAGUUGCUAG